AUGGCAUUACCUGUAGGAUUUGCACAACCAGAAUUCCAUGGUGGUGAAGAAGAUCAUGAAGAUUUCGUAGAUAGGUUCAUAUCAUAUAUUACCUUGGCUGGAGUAAAUAAUGAUGCAAAUAUUCUCACUAUAUUAGAUCGAUCCUUAAAAGGAGAAGCAAGAGAAUGGUAUCAUAGAGAAUUUGACAAUAAAAAUUGGGAGUUAGAAAAUGUACUUGAUAACUCUGGUAUAGGUGCAAAAAUAGUACAUAUUCGUGGUGCUAAUGCAGGAGGUAUAACGGGUGCAGUUGCUUCUUUCCCAAAUGUUCUACUUGGACUUACAAAUGCACAAAUUAUCUCUGCUCGAAAUAAAUAUGGCGAUCAACUCGGUUAUACUCCAGCACAGAAGAAAACCCAUUUCUUAUUUGGAGUUAGACCUGAUAUUAGAGAUGAAAUUUAUAGAAUUAGUCAAACAAAACCCAUUAACGAUAUUAUUGAUAGUUUGGCAGAACUUGAAUUACGUUAUAGAAUAUUACAACAGGCACCAUCUCAACUUCGCCAUGCACUUAUUGCUCCUGCUAUUUCAGAUGUUAUACCUCAACAACCGGCAUUCCCCAUGGCUGAUAUGCAAAAAAUGAUUCAAGAUGCAUUUGCAAAACAGUGA